AUGACAGCAGCACACGGCGAUAUGGCAUACCAAGUCCGCUCCCUCUACCGCGCUCUCAACCGCGCCGCCCGCCAGUUCGCCGCCUACAACUUCCGCGAUUACGCAAAGCGCCGGACGAGAGAUGCGUUUAGGGAGAACAAGAAUGUUGCUGACGAGGGACGGAUACGGGAGCUGAUGAGUAAGGGGGAGAAGGAGUUGAAGAUGAUGAAGAGGCAAACGGUCAUCAGUCAAUUCUUCCAGCUCGACCGGUUAGUAGUGGAAGGAGGCAAAGAGGGCAGGCAGACGGGCCGUCGGAACGAUAUCAUACGGCAGAAGGACACUGGGUGGGACUGA